CUCAGCAUUCACUGAACUGUCACAGUGGUUACAAGUUCAGUCUGCGUCCACCGGUGUGUUUUGAUUCACGCGUUUUUUGUUCGGUCGCGUAUAUCCCGUUAUCAGUUGUUGUUUCAAGAAUUUUUACGUGUCGUUUACCGAAAUUCACUACCUUUUUACCGUGCCGGUGAACCACCUACAGUAAGUUACUGCUUCUUUGAAAUGGUUCGCUCGCUUGUAAAAUUCGCCAAACUCGUUGGGUCGAACUACAAUGCAACCGCAGUGCAGACACUUUCGGUUACAGCGAUUAGGCAAAAAAGCUCCGAUGCACGAAUUCAAGCUGUCAAACCGGUCGUUGAAAUGGACGGUGAUGAAAUGACCAGAAUUAUCUGGCAGUUUAUCAAGGAAAAGCUUAUUUUUCCCUACGUUAAGGUCGAGUGUCUGUAUUAUGACCUGGGAUUGCCCUACAGGGAUCAAACUAACGAUCAGGUUACAAUCGAUGCCGCCCAUGCUGUGGCGAAGCACAACGUUGGCAUAAAAUGUGCUACCAUUACUCCGGACGAACAACGCGUGGAGGAAUUCAAGCUCAAGAAGAUGUGGCUCAGCCCCAAUGGGACAAUUCGUAACAUCCUGGGUGGAACUGUAUUCCGCGAACCGAUAUUGUGUAGUAAUAUUCCACGCUUGGUGCCCGGUUGGACCAAACCAAUUAUUAUUGGUCGUCACGCUCAUGGUGAUCAGUACAAAGCGCUGGAUUUUGUAGUGUCUAAACCGGGAACUGUUAAGCUUGUUUACACUGCUGAUGAUGGUACUGUUCAAGAGUAUGAUCUUUACAAGUAUAAAGCUGGCGGUGUAGCCAUGGGUAUGUACAAUACCGACGAGUCAAUUACGGCGUUCGCUCAUUCAUCUUUCCAAGUUGCGUUGAGCAAAAAGUGGCCUUUGUAUCUUUCUACAAAAAAUACUAUUUUGAAGCGUUACGACGGUCGUUUCAAGGAUAUCUUCCAGGAAAUUUAUGAAAAAGAUUAUAAAAAACAAUUCGACGAAGCUAACAUUUGGUACGAACAUCGUCUCAUUGACGACAUGGUAGCACAGGCGCUUAAGUCUGACGGAGAAUUUGUAUGGUCCUGCAAAAACUACGAUGGCGACGUUCAGUCAGAUAUUGUUGCCCAAGGCUAUGGAUCGCUUGGUCUAAUGACUUCCGUUCUGAUGUGCCCUGAUGGAAAAACCAUUGAAUCUGAAGCAGCGCACGGUACCGUUACUCGCCAUUACAGAGAACAUCAAAAAGGGCGACCUACAUCAACCAAUCCGAUCGCAUCCAUCUUCGCGUGGACGCGUGGUCUAGAACAUCGAGCUAAACUAGAUAAUACCCCUGACCUGGGACGUUUCUCCAAUGCUCUGGAAAGAGCUUGCAUUGAAUGUGUGGAAUCUGGAAAAAUGACCAAGGAUCUGGCAAUUUGUAUUCAUGGUGCUAAAAAUACUAAAGAAGGCAUGUAUUUAAACACUCAAGACUUCCUGGAAGCGAUUUCCGAGCAACUGGAACGUUCGUGGAAGAAGAAGUAAAUCGAGCACUAUCACCUAUAAAACAAUUUCAAAGUAAUAGUGGCGCAAAGUUUAAAUGAAAUGAGAGUACCAUUCUGAAUACCACAAUAAAACUAAAACAAUUCUUAAACAACAA